AACUCCAUAGUCCACUUCGAGAAGUCCACCUCCGGUCACGUUUGUCAUUGCUUCUUCCGGCACCGGUCACCGUAUGGCUACUCACAUUCUCGCUUUGAUCCUGAAACGCAAUGCCGCCGAUGAUGGCGAGUUCAUUCUUGUCAGGCAAACUCCGCCUCCCAAAUUCAAUGACGAAGAAUACGAUUCUUUUCUGGAUUCUGAUCUCUGGGACUUACCGUCGACCAAACUCAACCGUGUGGAAGUAGCACUGGAACCUGGAGCAGUGAUCGAAGGUCUCGCACCGUUCUCUGAAACGAUCGAUUUCAGGAACUUCGACAUCGAUGCUGCUAUUGAUAGGGCGUUGGGGCAAGUAGGUUUGAAGGAAAGCAAUAUUGGAGCGUGGAGAAUUUCGAAAUUCGUAGAGGAACCUGAGUUUGGACCUGGUUUGCCCGUUCGUACAAUCUAUAUAGUUGGCGAGUUAGCUCGUGCUGACUCGCACUUACCAGAUGUCUGCAAGUGGAUGUCUGUAGAAAGCUGUCUGAGUGUACUUCAUGAUGUUAAACCAGAUAAUGUUCGUGUUGGGAACUUAGCAGUGGUGGGUCUCGUAAAUGAAUCGUCACGGUCGUCAGAGCAGAAAGUUCACACCAGCCUUCGCUACCAGGAGUACCCUCCAGGGGUUUUUCUUGUCCCUAUGAAAAGUAGGACAGGAAAACCUUUUCUUACAACGAAUUUGAUCAUAUUUGCACCUGCGAUUGUUUCUGGUAAACUCAGCGACAACAGUUGUGCUAUAUCUGGAGAUGUUUUGAUAGUAGAUCCAGGGUGCCAUACUAAUGUUCAUGAGGAGCUACUGAAAAUUGUUGCUGCUCUUUCUGGAAAAUUAAUCAUAUUUGUGACUCAUCACCAUCGUGACCAUGUUGAUGGUCUCUCUAUAAUCCAAAAUUGCAAGCCUGAUGCUAAGUUAUUAGCACACGAGAACACAAUGCGAAGAAUUAAGAGAGAUGACUGGUCCCGUGACUAUACUUUAGUUUCUGGAGGAGAAGACAUUCUCAUUGGUGAUCAAAGAUUGAAAGUUGUUUUUGCGCCGGGGCAUACAGAUGGUCAUAUGGCACUGCUUCAUAUCAAUACUCAUUCUUUGAUCGUAGGCGAUCAUUGUGUGGGUCAAGGAAGUGCUGUUUUGGACAGCACGUCUGGUGGAAAUAUGACGGAAUACUUCCAUUCAACUUACAAAUUUGUUGACCUGUCUCCCAACAUUUUGAUUCCGAUGCACGGAAGAGUCAAUUUGUGGCCAAAGAACAUGCUCUGUGGUUAUCUCAAGUAAGGACAUCGCUUGCCAUUAUUUCACAUCUGGUAGUCUGAUCUCAUUUUGAGGUCACUCCGCUAUAUCUAUGGUUACCGAAGGCAAUGUUGGUCUUGUCAUGGCUCAGGAAAUUGUAUAAAAUUGAGAGUUUAUACAUCUAAAACUCAUUAACUGCAUAUCAAUCCAACUUUGAUUCAUUGUCACUUCAGUAUACUGUAUCCUCUACAUGAUUUGAUCUAUUUUUCUCAGGAACCGUCGAAGUAGAGAAGCUUCCAUAUUGGAAGCUAUAGAGACGGGAAGUAAGACACUGAUUGACAUAGUUGCAAAAGUAUAUUCUGGAGUAGAUCGUGCUUUUUGGACUCUUGCUGCAUCAAAUGUGAGGCUUCAUGUGGCUCAUUUGGCUGAACAAGGCAAGUUGCCUGAGGGGUUUUCAAUGGAAAGGUUUGAAAAAAGCUGCGGGGCACAUUUCUUGUCGAGAUGAACAUUGAUAUUACCUCAUCGCUGGUGUUUCAUCAUUCUACGGAAAGUGUAGCACCCCCCUCAAUUACUUAUUGCUGGAGCAGUCACGUACUCUGUCAGGAACAAGUUCAUCUCCAAAUAGGGGGUGCAGACAGGUAACUGCGACGAAUUUCGGUUUAGUGUUAUCUGUUAUGUUGCGAUGUAUCACGAAAAAUUACAGGUGCUUCUUGUAAACCAUAGGGCCAGUUACAGGAACGGCCACUACAGUAUAGAGAAAUCGCUUUAUUUACAAAGAAGACAGCUUCUCUUGCAACCCUGCCUCUGUGGCAAGAUGAAGUGUUUGUAAAAUAGUUUCUAGUCCCUGUAUCGUAACCUCGUAAUGGAACUGCAAGCAUGAUCAAGAGCACGACCCCGUCGUCUUAUACCCUUCCUCCACCGAGAAA